CCAUGAAGUAAUCAACAUCAAUCUGAAGAACAAACCUGACUGGUUCUUUGAGAAGAACCCCUUUGGGCUGGUUCCUGUUUUGGAGACUAACAAGGGCCAGCUGAUCUAUGAGUCCCCAAUCACUUGUGAAUAUUUGGAUGAAGCAUUUCCAGGGAAGAAGUUGAUGCCUUCGGACCCAUAUGAGCGAGCCUUUCAGAAGAUGCUCUUGGAACGCUUCUCAAAGAUAACACCUGUAGUUUUCAAGUAUUUUAUGGCAGUCAAAGAUGGACAGGACACCACAGCACUGAAAGCAGAGAUUGAUGAAAAGUUGGGCGAACUUGAAGAGAUUCUGUCCAAACGUAACACUGUGUUUUACGGUGGGGACUCCAUCUCCAUGAUUGACUACUUGAUCUGGCCAUGGUUUGAACGCCUGGAGCCGUUCCAGCUGAAGGAGUGA